AUGAAGUUUAGUCUUCAACGUGGUAUUGUAGUUUCUAAGACGACACAGCAAACAAGAUACAAAGUAACUAGGACAACAAAGAUGUCAAUGCAACAACAACAAAGAAGCGAAGACAAUGAAGUAUGGAAGACAACAAUAUCCAAGCCAACAAAAAUUCCAUACGCCUCUGAUAAAGCGGUUGCCUCUGAAAAUGCUGUUGCCCAUGACAACGCUGUUGCCUCUGACAACGCUGUUGCCUCUGACAACGCUGUUGCCUCUGACAACACUGUUGCCUCUGACAACACUGUUGCCGAUGACAACGCUGUUGCCCAUGACAACGCUGUUGCCCAUGACAACGAUGUUGCCGAUGACAAUGCUGUUGCCGAUGACAACGCUGUUGCCCAUGACAACGCUGUUGCCCAUGACAACGCUGUUGCCCAUGACAACGCUGUUGCCCAUGACAACGCUGUUGCCCAUGACAACGCUGUUGCCCAUGACAACGCUGUUGCCCAUGACAACGCUGUUGCCCAUGACAACGCUGUUGCCCAUGACAACGCUGUUGCCCAUGACAACGCUGUUGCCCAUGACAACGCUGUUGCCCAUGACAACGCUGUUGCCCAUGACAACGCUGUUGCCCAUGACAACGAUGUUGCCCAUGACAACGCUGUUGCCCAUGACAACGCUGUUGCCCAUGACAACGCUGUUGCCCAUGACAACGCUGUUGCCCAUGACAACGCUGUUGCCCAUGACAACGCUGUUGCCCAUGACAACGCUGUUGCCCAUGACAACGCUGUAGCCCAUGACAACGCUGUAGCCCAUGACAACGCUGUUGCCCAUGACAACGCUGUUGCCCAUGACAACGCUGUUGCCCAUGACAACGCUGUAGCCCAUGACAACGCUGUUGCCCAUGACAACGCUGUUGCCCAUGACAACGCUGUUGCCCAUGACAACGCGGUAGCCCAUGACAACGCUGUAGCCCAUGACAACGCGGUAGCCCAUAUUAGAUUACUAGACAAAUGA